GACAUUUGAGAGAUGACUUCGUAAAAACUUUUUUCUAUCAUCACAGGCAAUGAAACGACGCACCUUUAGUUUCCUUAUAGUAUGUUUGCUUCCAUCAACGACUGGGUUACUUGACUGGAUAUUUGGUUCAGAUACGUCAAGGAGCGAUGGGAAAUUUAGAGGACUUGUUCCAAAGAGUGCUAAUUUUGAAAUGCAAUCAACAGACGAGCAGUUCCUCACGGAGUUUUCAAAAUAUCUCAUGGAGACAGAAAUGGAGUCGCAGCUUGGUUUAUGUUUUCACAAAGUGAUUUACAAAUAUACAGCAAAUACCAAAUGUAGCCAGUUGACAGAAGAACAAUUGAGUAAGCUUGCUGUCCAUCUGCUGAACUGUCAGUCGCAGUCGGAAAACAGACCUAUUUUCACCUGCACAGAUACUAUGACUUUAGGGCGGUGUACAGAAAAUAUGGAUGGCUCUACUUGGAAUGCUUAUCACUUGAUGAACAACCGAGCACGUGCAAUGUGUUAUGCAACCCAACAACAGCACUUUCGAAAAAUGACAGAGAUGGCGGUUACAAAGCUUGCAGUGGCUGCUAAAAGUCAGUUGCGUGCCAUGGAUAACUUAGAGAAAGGACAGGAGACUCUCCACUCCUUAACAACUGACACUGUUCAGAAACUGUACGAGAGCCAACAGGAUCUUCUAGGAACUCACAGAGAGCUGCAGCUAGCUCACCAAGAUGUCAUGGAACACGUCACUUCUAACAUUGACAAUCUACUGAAAGAAAAAUCCCUGAUAGCUUCAGGAAACAAAGAACUUGCAGAUAUGACCGAAAGUAUCAAGAAUAAAUUAGAACUUACAACAAACACACUUAAUGAGCAAGAAAGUGACCAGAAGAAUAAUCACAGACAGAUAAUGGAAGAUUUGAAUGGAAUCCAUGUGAAAGCACAAGAAGCUUUAUCUAAGCUUGACAACAGUUCCAAGUAUUUCCUCAAGAAUCAUAAGGAGAUGAUGAAACACUAUCAACUGCUGUAUGAGAACAUUGUCAAAAUCAACGCUACAGUGGGGAAUUUGUUGUCUACUGUCAGUGCCAUGCAGGACAAGCUGGACAAGAAGAUUGGCUGGUUCACACACAUUUUAGGAGCAACUGAGGAAAAGCUAUCAUUUCUGUUGGUGUUAGGACAACAUGUUGGAUACUUUGUCAUCAUGGCACUGGUUGUUGUCUUUCUACAAAUUCCAAGGUUUUCCAGACUGGCAUUGCUGAUGGGUGUCGUUGCCAGUACCAUAUUAGAACUCCAAUUUGAGUAUACAGUUGGAUUUCAGCAGCUCACAGCAUUUUGUCUCGCUAUAAUUGGUGGGAAUUGUGCUUAUCAUAUUUGGAAGCAGAAAAAUAUGGCAACAUUUUCAAGACCGUUUGCUUUGAAAGACAAAACAGAUUUAAGAGGAGACAACUCUCUCAAUACAGAUUUCACAUCCGAAGACUUGAGGGAACUUAACACAACUCUUGGGAGACUUUGUCAAUCACUGAAUGACAGUUUACGUGACACGAGUGUACGACAUGGUCAGACACCAGAAUUCAGACCUCCUGAUAGCAACAUUCCCACACCUAGGCCAGACUCUUCUACCAUGCCUGAUGACUUAGAAAAUGUUCGGCGUUACAUCAACGAGUUAGAUGACAGGUUAUCUACUUCGUCACGUCAUUCUGCUACUCCAAUACCUUCCACAUCCUACAGACACACAUCCAGAUCAUCCACUCCCUUGAGUACCACCAGUUCUCGGUGUCUGGGUACAACCAGAUCAGGCACACCAUGUCGUCUCCAGUCACCGCCAGGUCAUGAUUUCUGCCACAGACAUCGCCAGGGACAAGGCAGCUAACCAAAUUUCUUGUCUUUACUUAGAAAAUCCUCUUUUAUUAACAUUGUGCAUUCCAUUUUGUCAGUUUCUUUAACCAAUUUACAAAAAUUUUAGAGGUGUGUUCCAUGUUGAUCGAUCAUCAAUCUUGAUUUCAUUAGAAAUAGACAGAACAUCAGAUAAAAAGUGCAAUAACACAUUAAAUGGUCAUGAAGUUCCUUUAGAUCUUUGAAAGAAAAAAAAUCAUGUGUGUGCUGUUUAAACAGGAUAAUGAUUUUUCAUUAACUUUUUUUGACAUUUUUCAUCAAGCGACUUCAAAAUCAGAGAUAUUGCAUUUGCAUUUAUUCAUUUUCCUGUUUUUCCAGUUGUAUUAUUGGAUGUUCAUUGAAUAGAUGAUAAUCAUUGAUAUUAUCCAUUUUUUUAAUUGAUUCUUCAAUCUGGACUACUACAUAUUUGAUGGGGUUUCUUUAUCAACCUUUGUCAAAGUUUUCAAUAUACCAGAGAUAAGAGGAUGCUUUCAUGUUAAUCUGGUAUGUAUGCAAUAUUUGUAGUAUUUUGAAUCCUAACCAUUUCCAGAAGGUUUAACUCCAUUUUUGAAAUGUUUCUUAUUGUAAUGUAUUUAAAUGUUUGUUUUCCACAUUUUAUAACUUCACACCAGGUUCAUGUUUCAGUAUUAUCAUUGAGAUGGAAUAGUUGAUGUAACAGUCUUAUGAAAAAGAUUGUAAUAAUAUGCAUGAAUAGUGAAAUGAGUAGUGAACUAACAACUUUUUAAGACCAAUGAGAUCUGCAUUUGAAAACCUGUUCUUUUGACAGGUAAAAAUGGUUUUUAAUCAUGCUAAUGCUUAAGUGUGUUGACCUUUGUUCUGUUCAAAGGUAUAGUUUUACAGACUACAACUUUCUUUUCUGUUAAGGAAGUGUUGCAUUGUUUGUCUUUUUUUCUGAGAUGUGAUCUUGUAAAAAUUUCAAAACUUUGCAGUGUUUUAUUGCUGGGUUGAAUUUCUGUGUUGUUCUGUUAUAUAUAUAUAUAUAGAUAUUUUAAGUUUUGUUUUAAUUCUCUCAUUUUUUUUUCUUCCAUAAGAAUUGUAGCAGAUUUACCUUAAUAUAUUUUGAAAGCAUUAUUGUCAUUGUUGAUUAAAGAUAUGGAAAUCAAUAUUUCUAAGUAUGUAUUAUAAAUCAUCACAAAAUAUAUUUUGUAAAAAUGAGUUUUGUAUUACAUCAAUCAUCAAUAACCAGUUUACUUUUGUACAACCCAAUCUGAGAAUGACACACUUAUUUAAGUUCUUACUGAAAAGUGACAUUGUAGCUUACUUCUAUGAAAUUCAAUUCCAGUCCUUCCCAACAAGACUUAAUGAAAACUAGAUUUGAAGGGAAUUAAAUAGACCAUGUAAUCAGUAUCAUUGUUUAGUUAUAAAAACUAUGUGUACCUAGAUUAUAGUCACAUUAAUUCAAUUCCUCUCACAUCAGAGAAAAUCCUUAAACUAUUUUUUAAUUUACUACUCCUGCUCAAAAGCAAUAGUCAAGAUGUUAGGUGAUUCAAGUCUUUCUCCUACUUAAAGUAAUCAUAUCAGGUUGACUUAAUGGAAUCAGGCAAGUCAACUCUGUACCACUACCAAACACAUAGUGUAUAACUACCUAACUUGUAGUUGGGCCAUCAGAUGUUGACUAUUAUACCUUUCCCCCUACCCCCACCCUCCUGCCAUAAAAGCAUAAGCAUGAUGUGGCCUGGUUUUACCAUAAUAGAUUAACCUGUUGGCAUAUUCUGGUAUGGCAUUAAUGUUAACCUGCUUUGUGACAGAGGUCACUUAAUGGUUUUUAUAAAAGCUAUAUAUGUGUGUCAUUCUGAGAUGGUGAAGUACUAUAGUAAAUAACAGAUUCUGUCCUCAGUUCCAACCGUCUUGCCUGCUUAUGCAGAUUGCUUUUAUGUUGUUGAAUUUUUUAUUCUUUUAAUAGAAGAUUAAUUUCCACAGUACUGUCACUCUGUCAGAGUUGUUGUUCCUUACACCCCACUAUCGGAGAGAUUUCAGUGAUAUGUCAAUUUUAUCAAAAUAUCAAGCAAUAUUGGUUUUUUGGGGGUUUUUUUAUUGCUUUUUUCUUUUUGAAGGACCAUUUGAAUUUUUUAAUGUUUAAAAGCAUUUCAGUUUGCAUUUAAAUAUUUUGCUUUCAAAACAAAAUGUGUGUGAAUAUCUUGACCUUUGUCAUUUUUUUUAUUUGAGUGAAAGUGUGGUUAUAGACAGUGUUACAUACAAAAAAUUGGACAACAUUUUGUUCCACAGCAGAACAAAGGUUAUAUUAUAAUGUACAGUGACCAGUGCUACUCUAAUAUUGAAAGUACAAUGUACAUGGUUAGAUCUUCACUAUAAAACAGGGAUCAAGGCAUAAAUCCAAAUGUUUUCAAUUUAAAGUAAAUUAAUAUUAAAACAGAAAUUUAUUUGUUAAAUAUAUUUAUGUAUAUCUGUAAAAGUGUACAUUUUGUGUAUACCUGAUACAAAAUAGUUGUAUAGGUACAUUUAAAUUGCAAAACCAUCAUGAAUUUAAAAUAAGGAAUAUUUGUUCUCUUAAGGUAAACAAAUUCUUACUCUACUAUGCAGUUUACAUGGAAAUUUAUUAAGGUACAAAGACAAUGUUUUAGCAUGGAUCUUAUUGUCAGUAUAAGGAUUUAUAGAAUAGAAUGAAUCAAGACAAGGUUUCAAACUAUUUGGACUAAACAGUUUGGAUCUGUGAAGUGUUAAUCAAUAUAAGUUUGUAUGGAGAGACUUACAACAAAGGUGCUAUACAGGUGAUCCAUAUUCCUACAGUAUUUAUAUUGUGUUAUUUUCCUCAGGAGUGAAUUACUUGUAUGAAUA